AUGACCAAAGGUUUAGUGAGAAUAAGACUUGCCAGAUUCGGGAGAGUCAACCAACCUGUUUAUAACAUUGUUGUUGCUCAAUCAAGAAAACCAAGAGAUGGUAAACCAAUUGAAGUGAUAGGAACAUAUAAUCCAAUUGCCCCACCAGGUGAUAAACUACCUUCGGGAAGACUAGCAGAGCCAAAGAAGAAGGUUGAACUAGAUUUUGAUAGAACUAAAUACUGGUUGUCAGUUGGUGCUCAACCAACAAGUCCUGUGAUUAAAUUGUUGCAAAGAGCUAAAUUGUGGGUUUAA